GUAAAAACGUUGUUCACAAACAACAUCAAAACGAGCACGAUUAAGAAAUGAUGUUGCUGCUUUUCAUUUCUUUGGGUGAACUCGAAGGGAGCGUCACACCCGCCCUCGCUCUUAAAAUCAAACGGCAUCACCACACGUAAAAUGGAGCGCUCUCUGAAUUGGACAACCAAAACUUGCACUACGUUAAAAAUAGUAAAGUCAAACAACGGUAAAAUUACGUUUUUUCUACUUCGAUAUACAUUUAUAAGACAAUAAAUAAACACCACUUGACACUUGGGUAUCUCGAGUUAAACAAAUGCCGGCAAACCGACUUUUAUUUCCUCCCCUAAACGAGCUAAAGCUAAACUCCGCGUAAGUUCACUGGCGUGAGCCGGAAAGUAACUAACGUUUCUAGAAGGUUGCUAGAUAGGCUAAUGUUUAGCUACAAACGGGGGGAGGUGCGCACUUUUCGGCGACCUUUCAGAUGGCUGUACGCUGGUUAUGCAGGCUGCUUCGGCUCUCCAUCUGGGUGCCACUUGGCUCCACGACCCGCCCUGCCGUGGCCGAUGGAAACAGACAUCCGUUAAAAUGUGCGCGAAUGUGUUCGGAGUUUUGAAAAGCCUGUUUGGGAAGCCCUUUGAUGGUGGGAAGAGGAUGGACCAUGGCGGCCCGCAGCAGCACCAGCAUCCGACGGAGCAGCAGCAGCCGUAUCACCAGCAGCACCCCGCCAUGACGCGGCUGUACGAGGUGCACGGCGAGGUGGCGUCUCUGGGGCCCCAGGUGUGCACCUUCAGCGGCCUGCAGGACGACCGCGACUACAAGCGCCUGGAGCGCGAGCUGACGCGCCUGCUGCUGCAGGUGGACCAGGUGGACACGGAGGGCAAGCCCGAGCUGCAGGGGGCGCGGAAGAGAGCGGCGCAGGAGGUGGAGGGCCUCCUGCGCUACCUGGAGGAGAACGCCACCCACCCGUCCCGCGCCGUCAUCGAGGAGGUGAGCGACGAGGCGCGGCAGCUGGUGGACGACCGCGUGGUGGCGCCGCAGCGGUCCGGCGGCACGGCCGAGAUCAACGACGAGCUGGUGGACGCCCUGCAGGUGAUGGUGCUGCGGCUCACCCAGGUCAAGACGGAGGGGAGGGUGCCGCUGCGCAAGGCGCGCUACCGGGCGCUGACGCGCCUCUGCGCCGUGCAGGACGUGAUCGAGGGCCGCACGGAAGCAGCAAAACGCUUCUCGCUUGCCGUCUGCCCGGGGGAAACACUCUACGAAUACUUUGUGAUUCCAUCGUUGAGUUGUUUUUCGCACUCGUUCAGUGUUUUUUGUGUCUUCAGGUACGACCUGGGUCAGAAUAACUCCAUCCGGGAGAUCGAGGCGGUGCGAGCUCACGUCUCCCACCUGCGGGACGGCGUCCUGCGGCACUGCGUGAUGGGCGACCUGAGCUUCAGGCCCAAAGCCGAGCUGCAGGGCCUCCUCACCCACCUGGACCAAGUGGACACGGCCAAGAACCCGUGCAUCCGCGAGGCCCGCCGCCGCGCCGUGGUGGAGGUCCAGGCCAUCAUCACCUUCCUGGACCUCCGCGAGGCCCUGGCUCGCCGCCAGCCGGGCCCCGGCGAGCACCCGGCGCACCGGGCGGUGUGGCUGGUCCUGGGGAGCCUCUCGGACCUCCAGGCCCAGGCGCUGGGCUUCGACGGCAAGCGGGUCGACAAGAGCUACAUCCUGCUGGAGGAGCUGCUGACCAAGCAGCUGCUGGCGCUGGACGCCGUGGACCCGCAGGGCGACGACACCACCAAGAUGGCGCGGAAGCAGGCGGUGAAGUUCGCCCAGAACAUUCUCAACUACCUGGACAUGAAGACGGACGAGUGGGAGUACUGAUAAACAGGGAGGAGGAGCCAAUAAUCUGUAUAUAAAAGACAAACUAAACUCUAACUGGUAUGCUAUCAUUCCACGGGCUGUACAUAUGGACUCCAAUCCCCAGAAUGCACUGCGGCGGCGCUUUCCUUUCAUCCCUUUUUUGUGGUAGAUGUUCUGAGAAGAACAAGGAGAACUCCUUUUGUGGAACAACAAUUGAAGAUUUUGUUCCAUAAUCUCCCAGAUGUGUGUGCGAUGUGUCGUCUGUCAUUGUGUGCGAUGUGUUGUCUGUCAUUGUGUGUGUGUGUGUGUGUGUGGCCCGGCUGGUGGUCCUGUCCUCAGACCGCUCUGGGUAUCGAUGCAGGGCGACGGAUCGCUCGGCUGUGGGCGUCGCGUCGGGCCUGAUUCUCAUGGAGGCUCACGGCUGUGUUAAAUACAGCGGCCUAAUUAGGGAAAGGGUCGGUCGCCCCUGGCAACCGCCGCGCGGUUGGUGAACCGCCUGUUUACUUAAAUUUUUCGUGCCGUUUCGUGCAGGAAUCAAACCGUUUCUGUUUUAGAAGCGACGUGGAAGAGGAGGAGGCGGAGCUGAGUGCGUGAGGUCAGAGGACCCGUGUCUCCGGGCCCAUAAAUCAGCUGACCGCCGAGGAGACGAGAGGACGCUGGAGGAGACGUGGGGGCUGCUGUUUGUUUUUUUUAAUUCAGCCAUCGAAGAAGAGGACUGCUGCUGCUUUUAGUUCCUGCACACACUUUGUACCGAGAGGAGAAGUGGGACUGGGGGGAGGAAGAGGAAGGCGGCGAUAUCCUCCUGAUUGACACAUCGAGGCUGAAGCCCACAGGCCCGGCAGUCGUGUCCUGGUGGGGGGGUCGAUGUGUUGAUCGUGAUCGCAGUCGACAGCCUUCUAGAAACUUCUCUAAGGUCGAGGAGGAGGAGGAGGGGGGAGGGAGAAGAGGGAGAAGAGGGAGAAGAGGGAGAAGAGGGAGUCCAAAUUCUCUGUGCCUUUUUUUUCACCCUUCCAUUUAAACCUGAAAUAAGACGGAGAGAAGUUUUCACUACCAGAUUAAAAAGGUGAAAGACGCCUGUAAGGAGGACGGUUUCUUUUAACAUUGUGAAAUCUGCCCUUUCUGUUCAGUUCUCUUCGUCCAACGAGCCCAGUUAUCUAUCUGGUAUUUAUAUUUAGUGAAAUUAUUUAUUUCACUGACCUGGUAAGUUUGUUUUUGUCAACGUCUGUUAAAAAUUAACUUUGAACCUCAAUUCUUAAGCUACUCAGAAGGAAUAAGACAUUUCAACUGCAGAUGAAAACCAUGUGAUACGAUGCAAACAAGUAAUAAAUGAAGUAUCUUUACAGAUUAAAGAACCCGGCAGAAUGUAAAGCAGUUAAAACCGGCUCCACCUUUAAAGAGGUGAACACAAUAAUGCAACAAUUAACAAUACAGUCCAGGAAUGUAUGUAUUGUCAAAAGAGCCUUUCUGUAUAUUAAAGACUACACAGCUGGAAGCACCAUCUUCUAAAUGUUAAGCCCGAGGAGGUCUUUGUCUGCGAGACGAGUGUAUGUGGCCCCCGGGUUCCUUUACACAUCUGGAUUAAUGAGAACUGUCCACAGCGUGAGGCUUUCUGGGUUUCUGCGGUCUGAUAAAAGGUAUUAACCGCUGCAUGAAGGUUUGUCAGUAGUGUGAUGAAGGAGAAGUUGAAAUGAGAGGAAACAGCGUAUUUCUGGGGACUAUUUUCAGCGGCGGAGGAAUCCACAAGUCUGAGCGACGCCCCCUUUUUCUGAGAGUGGCAUUUAAUAAAUCUCCAAUCCUAAAAUAGAAGAACUCUGUCUUCUCCACCCGGACGUCUUGUAUUCCCUCUCACACACACACAGCUCUGAGUAUCUGAACCUGCAGUCCAUUAGUGGGACCCGGGGGGUGGGGGGGGCAGGUGGGGAGGGGGGUGACCUCCAUCAGUCCUUCUCGAUGCGUUCACAAGAAACAGAGUGCAGGUUUUGACAUUUUAUUUGAAUGUAGUCUUCGGAGAAUGUUUCGUUUUUGUUCAUCGCACCAAAGUUGAUUCCAGAGAGCUUAGAAAUGAGGAAGGUGGAGGCUCAGGAGCAAGUUCGGCUUACUCCACCCAAAGACGAACACCUUUGAGCUUGUUAAGCUGCAGGUCAAAGGUCAGCAGCCGGUUGCACCAGCUGAGGUUUGAUUGUACGUCAUCAGUUUAAUAUUAAUACAUUAUUUAAAAUGACAGUAGUACACUGGAUAAUCCACAUUAUUUAGAGUUUAUACAGAGUUUUUUGUUACAUUACAUUACAUGUCAUUGUUGCUAAUAAUCUGUACUUUGAUUUGUAAUGCAGUAUUUCUACACUCAUAUUGGUACUUUUACUUAAACAACUGGCUUGAAAACUUCUUUCACCACUGAAUUAAUGCCAAACCUCCAUAUUUCCAAAUUUUCCCUCUAUUUGCUUUUUAUAUAUCUUUAUGCUAAGCUAAGUUAGCUGGCUGCUAACGGUAGCGUAUUUGAUCACGCAGACGCCCCGAGAGAGGCGUCCAUCUUCUCAGCGAACAGCCGGCGAGAAAAGCGAACACGCAUUCUUUCCGAAAUAUCGAACUGUCGCGUUUUAAUUCAACCCGAGCGGUCGUAGAGUCGUAGAGAUUCCUCGGCUGCGUUUCAGAAUUCCCGCCUCUAGCUGGUGCAACGUGGCGCUCGAUCCAGCAGCGGUGGAUUAAACGUGGUGAAACACGAAGAAAUGAGGACUCGAAAAAGUAGAAAUCCUCCAAAAAAGAAAUCGAUCUUCCGUUAGCGAACCGUAGCUAAUAGUUAUUUUACUCGCGCGCGUCUUCAUGUUUGUUGCUGCUUCGCUUUUCUUUCUGCCAACGACAGGAAAACGUGUUCUGCGUCGGGGAAAAGGGGGGAUUGCAAUUGGUUGAUUUUCCAAAUACAUUUUCUUAAGUCGCCUUUAACUGCAUCGAUUGUGAAGCGCUUCAACGAAGAAAAUUUAAAAAGCACACUAAAAAAAAAAGUUUGUGUGAAUGCUCCAUGGAUGGUUGUGUAUUGAAUUUGUAUUCCCACUACUAAAUAAAGACGGCGUGUCUUGAACAGUG